AUGGGAACAGACGAGGUUGGAGGAGCUUCUGCAGAUUCACAUCACCCUGACUCUGACAUAGAACUCAUUGGUGCUGAAAGGGUACCUUAUAGUGGACCAUUGAGCAAAAGGGUAGGCAGAAGAAGUUCCAAGUUGAGCAACGCUUCGGUCUCCACUUCAGGCUCUGAGGUUGGUCACAGCAUAUCCCAGGAACAAGAUGAAGGAGACUACGUUGAGGUCACUAUGGAUAUCCAAGGAGACUCUGUGGCUCUUCACAGUGUUAAACCUGUUGCAGGGAACAGCGACCAGGGGGAAGAUGAGAAACUGGUUUUGCUUGGUAAAGGCAUGGAGAAGAAAAGGUCCUUCGGUGCUUCUGUUGUAAGAAGUGCUUCUAUUCGCAUACAACAAGUGUCUCAGGAGCUGAAGCGUUUGGCUUCCUUGUCCAAGCCCGCUGCACCUGCGAGAGUGCACUAUGACAGGACCAAAUCUGCAGCUUCUCAUGCUCUCAAGGGGCUCAAGUUUAUCAGCAAGACUGAUGGUGGUGCAGAGUGGGUUGAGGUUGAAAAGCAAUUUGAUGCCCUCGCUGCUUCCACUAAUGGGUACCUGCAUCGCUCCCUCUUUGCCAAGUGUAUAGGGAUGAACAAGGAAUCAGAGGCCUUUGCUGGGGAGCUCUUUGAUGCACUCUCUAGGAGGAGGGGUAUUCAGGGGGAUUCAAUUAAUAAGGUCCAGUUGAAGGACUUUUGGGACCAGAUUUCUGACCAGAGUUUCGAUUCUAGGCUCAGGACAUUCUUUGACAUGGUUGAUAAAGAUGCGGAUGGAAGAAUCACUGAGGAAGAAAUUAAAGAGAUUAUCUGCCUUAGUGCCACUACCAACAAACUCGCAAACAUACAGAAGCAGGCAGAGGAAUAUGCUGCUUUGAUUGUGGAGGAACUUGACCCUGAUGACACAAAAUUCAUCAUGUUAAACGACCUAGAGAUGCUCUUGUUGCAUGGACCGACCCAUUCUACAAGAGGAGAUAGCAAAUACCUGAGUCAAAUGCUAAGCUUAAAGCUUAGGCCUACAUAUGAAGCAAAUCCUAUUAGGAGGUGGUAUACACAGACCAUGUACUUCCUGCAGGACAAUUGGCAGAGAACUUGGGUAUUGGUUUUGUGGAUUUCUGUGAUGUUGGGUCUAUUUGCGUACAAAUUUGUGCAGUAUAGGAGAAAAGCUGCAUAUGAAGUGAUGGGCCAUUGUGUAUGCAUGGCCAAAGGUGCAGCCGAGACACUUAAAUUGAACAUGGCUAUUAUCUUGUUACCGGUUUGUCGAAACACCAUCACUUGGCUCAGAAAUAAGACCAAACUUGGCAUUAUGGUUCCUUUUGAUGACAACCUCAACUUCCACAAGUUGAUAGCUGUGGCAAUAACAAUUGGUGUUGGUAUACAUGGUAUCUAUCAUCUUGCUUGUGACUUUCCUCGCCUACUGGAUGCAAGUAGUGAAAAGUACAAGCUCAUGGAACCAUUUUUUGGAGAUCAACCAUCAACUUAUUGGUUUUUUGUCAAAUCAUGGGAAGGAGUAUCAGGGAUUAUAAUGGUUGUUCUAAUGGCAAUAGCCUUCACUCUAGCUACCCCUUGGUUCAGAAGAGGCAGGGUCAAGCUUCCCAAGCCUCUCAAUAAUCUCACUGGUUUCAACGCAUUUUGGUACUCACAUCAUCUCUUUGUCAUUGUCUAUGCCCUGCUCAUUGUGCACGGAAUCAAACUUUACUUGACCAAAGAAUGGUACAAGAAAACGACUUGGAUGUAUUUGGCUAUUCCCAUUGUCAUAUACUUAUCAGAAAGAUUGACUAGAGCACUCAGAUCAAGCAUAAAGCCUGUGAGAAUAUUAAAGGUGGCUGUUUAUCCUGGAAAUGUACUGUCUCUUCAUAUGUCAAAGCCUCAGGGAUUUAGAUACAAGAGUGGACAAUACAUGUUUCUCAACUGUGCUGCAGUGUCUCCAUUUGAAUGGCAUCCAUUUUCUAUAACCUCUGCCCCUGGUGAUGAUUACCUUAGCGUUCAUAUUAGAACACUUGGUGAUUGGACCCGGAGUCUCAAAGUCAAGUUCUCAGAGUGUUGCCAGCCACCUGACAGCGGCAAGAGUGGACUUCUAAGAGCUGACAACUUGCAAGGAGAUAGAAGUCCAAGUGCUCUCCCUAAAGUUCUAAUUGACGGUCCAUAUGGAGCACCAGCCCAAGACUACAAGCAAUAUGAGGUGGUUUUGCUGGUGGGGCUAGGAAUAGGAGCCACCCCAAUGAUCAGUAUCCUGAAGGACAUAGUGAACAACAUGAGGGCCUUGGAAGAGGAAGAGGGGAGCAACAUAGAGGAAGGAGCAAGUGGGUUUGGUGGAAAAUCACCAAGAACAAGCCAACAAAAAAGAAAUGGUUCAAGCAAGUUUAACACUAGGAGGGCUUACUUCUAUUGGGUGACAAGGGAGCAAGGUUCUUUUGAUUGGUUUAAAGGGGUGAUGAAUGAGGUGGCUGAAGAGGAUCAUAAGGGGGUGAUUGAACUCCACAACUAUUGCACUAGUGUGUACGAAGAGGGUGAUGCUCGCUCUGCUCUUAUUGCCAUGUUGCAAUCUCUAAACCAUGCUAAGAAUGGCGUAGACAUAGUCUCUGGCACGCGUGUUAAGUCCCACUUUGCCAAACCCAAUUGGCGCAGUGUCUUCAAACGCAUUGCUGUUAGUCAUCCACGGGCUCGUGUUGGGGUAUUUUACUGCGGGCCACCAGCGCUAACCAAAGAGCUUGGUCAAUUAGCUUCGGAUUUCUCACGCAACACAACCACCAGAUAUGAUUUCCACAAGGAAAAUUUCUAA